AUGGGUGACUUCAAAUCGGCUCAAGUCUGGAACACUAUUCGCAAUAGAGAGCAUCAGGCUUUGUGGGCUAACAUGGUUUGGUUUCCUCAAUGUGUGCCAAGGCACUCGUUUCAUAUAUGGCUGGCUUUCAGAAAUAAACUAAAGACUCAAGAUAGAUUGGCAGUUUGGGAAGCGGGUAGUCAAACAAAUCUGAAUCUAAUGUGUUGUCCGCUUUGCAAUUUUGAUCGGGAUAGUCAUGAUCACUUAUUUUUUCAAUGUAAUUUUGCUGCUCAAGUGUGGAGUAAUGUGAAGAAAAUGGUAAACUUGGUGACUGUGGAUAAUACGUGGCCAUCUUUAUUCACUUGGGUGGAACAACACUCAAGAUCGAAGGAGGUAGAUCAUAUUGUGUGUAAAUUGUUGAUAGCAGCUUCUUCUUAUUACAUCUGGCAAGAGAGGAAUAACAGGUUGUUCAAUAACAAUAAGAGGACGGUCGACCAAGUGAUUAAGAAGAUUAAAAGCUCGGUUCGUUUGCGGCUGAUGGGCUUCAGAUUUCGUGCGAUUUCAGAUAGGGAGAGGAUAUUCAAGGCCUGGCAGAUUGAAGAUAUCAAAGGCGAUAUAGGGGAUCCGGACUAG